AAAUACACUUCUGUUAAGUUGGCCUGUUCACACGCACGGUUCUUCACGUGAAGCUAUUGAUUCGGAAUAUCAUACAUUCACUGAUAAAUUGCAUGUUGGUGUUGCAACAGAUAUGUGCCUUGUUGUUGCCAAAGAUAUUGUUAAUUUCCCAGUUUCGGCCAUUCGUCUUGUUGGAACGAUUGAUGUGUAUUGGAUUGUACAAGAUGGCGGUUUAUGUAUACUUAUCGCUUACUUAUUAAUUCAAAGCAAAGUGUGGCGAGGAUGCAAACUUCGAGUGAUAGCAAUUGCGCAAGAAAUGGAUAAUAAUACAAAGCUGCAAGCAGAUCUUCAAAAAUAUGUUUAUCAGCUAAGGAUUGAUGCCAGAAUAAUGCCUUUGGUCUUGGCAGAAAUGAAGCAAAAUGGUAAGCUGAAUAGUGAUGAUAACGAUACAGACAGUGAGACAAGGGGGAAAAAUGAUGACAAAAGUGGUGAUAAUGAUAAUGAGGAAACGCCGACACCGUCGAAAGAAAAAGUAUCAGCGAUGAAAAAAGCAGUAUCAUCUUUGGAAAAAAUGCCAUCAAAUCAUGAUGAAAAGCGAGUGACAAUAGCAGAAUCGAAGAAUGAAAUUGUGGAAGAGAAUGAGAGCGGUGGUCGCGAUAAAAAAUUUAGGAUGCUCGAUAAAAAAAAGGUGCGCAAAAUGCACACAGCAGUUCGACUGAAUGAAUUGAUUCUUGCAAAUUCUGCUGAUAGUCAACUAGUGCUGCUCAAUUUACCAAAACCUCCUGUUGCUAAAGAAGGCCUUGAUGAUUACAUGCAUUACCUUGAAGUAUUGUCUGAUAAAAUUCCUCGUAUUUUAUUUAUACGAGGAACAGGCAAAGAAGUUAUUACGACAUAUUCUUGA